UACUCUUUUCAUCAUUCUGUAAAGCACCACGCACUUCGCGGCAAGCUCAAGACGUCACAGGCAAGUCAUCGUCCAACUAGUCCCGGGGGAGACGCUUUCACGUGACUAGAUUGCGAGGCUUGGCAGUCUCGAAGCCGCAAUUCACUAUUCGCAGCGCCCAAGUCAAGAUUGCUAUCGACAAAGCUAUCACCUUCGCCGUCGCCAGUAUGCCCGUCGUCAAGGGAGGAGUCUGGACCAACAUCGAGGACGAAAUUCUAAAGGCAGCCGUGUCCAAAUAUGGACUUCAGCAAUGGGCACGAGUCUCUUCGCUGCUGGCGCGCAAAACUCCAAAGCAAUGCAAGGCGCGAUGGUCUGAAUGGCUGGACCCCGGCAUCAGGAAAAUCGAAUGGACCAAGGACGAGGAUGAGAAGCUUCUACAUCUGGCCAAGCUGAUGCCUACGCAAUGGCGCACCAUCGCACCCAUCGUCGGACGAACUGCUACACAAUGUCUGGAACGUUACCAAAAACUGCUCGACGAUGCAGAGUCGCGUGAGAGCGAUGAGUUUGGACUUGGAGGCCCCGCCGGCGGCGAAGCUGCUGCCCCUUCAGCUGAAGAUGUACGCAAGCUCCGUCCUGGCGAGAUGGAUCCCGACCCGGAAAGCAAGCCUGCUCGACCCGACACAAUCGACAUGGACGAGGAUGAGAAGGAGAUGUUGAGCGAGGCUCGCGCUCGUCUGGCCAAUACUCAGGGAAAGAAGGCAAAGAGAAAGGCAAGAGAGAGACAGAUUGAGGAAUCAAGACGUCUAGCUGUGCUGCAGAAAAGACGCGAGUUGAAGAAUGCUGGAAUCAACAUCAAGGUCGUCACAAAGAAGAAGGGCCAGAUGGACUACAAUGCAGACAUUCCCUUCGAGAAGGCCCCAGCCCCUGGUUUCUACGACACUGGAGAGGAGAUUACCACAAACGAACGCGAGCGCGAUGCUUUCGACCCCCGCAAACAGCAACUUCAACGCAAGAGACAGGGAGAUCAGGAUGACAACCCCGAGGAUCGCAAGCGUCAGAAGAAUGACAAGGGUGGAAACCAGGCCGCUUUUGCUGCAGCUGCAAAGGCUGGUCGUGAACAGAAGCUGCGUGAGGCUGAGCGUAGCAGCAGACGUCGCGGACUGGUCUUGCCAUCUCCCCAAGUCAGUGAGGGAGAAUUGGACGACAUUGUCAAGAUGGGAAUGGUCGGCGAACGCGCAAACCUACACGCUGGGCAAAGCGACAACGAAGCCACCCGUGCUCUGAUUGGAAACUACUCGGACAUGGUCGGCUCAACGCCUCUCCGUACCCCUCGCGCUCCACAAGAAGAAGACCGCAUCGCCAAUGAGAUUCGCAACGCAAGAGCAAGGACAGAAACACAGUCUGCACUGCUUGGAGGUGACAACAAUGAGCUGUAUGAAGGAGACGCCACAACAGGCUUUGGAGGUGUCGCUCCUAGCAAGCAAGCAACUGCUACUCCCAACCCCAUGGCUACCCCCUUCCGUCAGAAUGGUGUCGCCGCAACUCCCCGUGGCCCCGGCGCUACCCCUCUACGCACACCUCGCGACACAUACGGCUUGAACACUGGCGAUGGUAUGCAGAUGAUUGCACAAACACCACGAGACCUCCGCCUACAACAGAACGCCCUCCGAAACGAUAUCAAGAGCAAGCUCUCAGCACUACCGAAACCAAAAGAGAUGGACUUUGAACUUGAAUUGCCUGAAGAGCAGCAAGAGGUCGGUCCUGAUAUUGAGAUGAGUGAAGAGGAUGCUGCUCGCCGUGAUGCUAGAAACAAGGCGGCACAGGACGCACUUGCAAGAGCAGAGUUUAAGCGACAGUCACAAGUCGUACAACGGGGUCUACCACGACCGAGCGUGGUCGAUCUUGAUGCCAUGUUGAAGAACGCUGCAGAAGACUCAGACUCGAUCAAGAGCAGUAUCAAUCAAGAGAUGGCCCAGCUUAUCGCAAACGACGCGCUCAAGUUCGGCAAGGCAAAGGUUAGAGGUACUCAUAAACCCACACAAGCAUUCUCAGAUGAUGAAGUCCAACGCGCGCGUCGUGAAGUUGCUCUAGAAAUGGGCAAGGAUGAGAGAGGCCGUGCAUUGCUAGUGGAUGGCUUCGGAGCCGCCUGGGAGAAGGCACAUGAACGCGGCAUGCUUCCCGGUCUUGCUGGCUAUGCCGAAGAUGAGAUUGACGAGCACCAGCUAAUGAUCGAAGCUUUCGACAACAUCCAGACCCGCAUCAUUUCAUCUGCAGAAAAGGGCAAUACGCUAGAACAGAAAUUGGCAAAGCUCCAUGGUGGUUACGUGAUCAGAUCAAAGACCUUGCGGCAAAAGAUCAGCGAGGCGGCGGACUUCUUGGCAAAGACAAGUAUCGAUGUUGAUGUCAAGAGGAUUGCAGCAGCUGCUGAGGAAGCUGGUCUCAACGAUCGCUUGGAGAAGAUCAGAGAUGAGGUCAAUGUUGUCGCCAGGCGUGAAAGAGAGGCCCAGGGCAUAUUCAGAGAGAGGAAAGAGGAGCUGAAUUCGCUUGUGGCAGCAUAGAUGGACAUGACUUCAUCCAAGCAAAAGACCUGUUAUGUAUAGCUUGUAUACCCAAAUUCUGAGACGACAGACCCGAUUGUGGUCAACAAUA